AUGCAGGAUUAUUUGCGGGAGAUUGAAGGUACAUUGGCGAGGACAAAUGAAAGAAAAAGCACUUUGCUUUACAGAUUAGCAAAACGUAAUGCCGAAGAAGAACGUCUUGCGCGGUUGGGAGUGCGUAGUAUCCCAACCAAUCCCCUUGAUGUAAUGGAUACCCGGGUUGUUAAGUAUGUCCUUUUUAAGUUGAAACGGGAUAUUGGUGAUAUGAUUGCUAGAAUGCGUAAUCCGCAAUUGCUUAGUAUUGAAACUCAUGGAGAAGUCGUUAUCCGGGCUAAAAAUGAUGAAAUCAAUCAUCUUAUUGCCAAAAAAAAUUCAUGGGAAAGACGAUUAGUAGCACUUACUGGGGAAGAAUAUAAGGUGGCAUCAUCUAGAAAACUAUACUUUGGAUGUGCAAAGGAGCUUCCGGAGGCUCAAGUUGAAAUGAGCACGGCUGAGGAAGUUCUUACAGGGGAUGCAUUGGAUGUAUCAGAGCCCGAGUCCUUAGGUUCACAGUCUUCGGAAGGUAUAGCGUCUUACUUUAAAAGUAGCUACCUGGAACAGCUUGCCGCGAGUGAAUCCGAUGACCUUUUGUGUCGUAUUGAAAAGGCCGCAGAGCAUAGUUUAAGGCUUGAACAUGGAAAGAAUAAUGGAAAUUUAUUUCUGAAAAGGUUUAAUGAGGAAAACUCUUUGUAUGUUGUGGAUGUUGAUUUGCUCCCUGAAGAAGAGUAUCGGCGCAGGAUUUUAGAUGCAAAAAGGGAGCUGCUGAAAAAACGACUAGGAACCCUAAAGAAAUAA